UAAUUUACUCAAGAAUAUACUGUAGUUUUAAUUUUUUAUUAAUAUAUACAUGAUACGAAUCUAAAAUUAUGCUGGUUCUGGACGAUUUAUUGUGGCAACAACGAAGAUGGCGGCCUCUGUGCAGGUAAUUGAGGCCCACCUGAAGGACAGAGGCAUUAAAAAAGAUAAAGAUGUGGUAGAAUUGUACCUGGCGAAACAAAAUCUAUCAGAAUGUGUAGAGUUAACAAGAUUUAAAUACCUGAGAUGCCUCUGGCUGAAUAAAAACAAGUUGCGUGAGAUAACAUGUCUAGACAACAACUUCCAGUUAGCGGAACUAUACCUGCAGAACAAUCAACUGACAGAUAUAUAUGGUGCCUUACAACAUCUUACAAGCCUUCAAGUGCUUAUGUUACAUAACAAUCAGCUUACAAAACUGGACAAAGUUGUAAAAGAGUUUAACAAGAUGCAGUGCCUUAGAACACUUAAUUUGUUUAACAAUCCUGUUGCUCAGGAGCCUGACUACAGAUUAUAUGUUAUUCAUUCUGUUCCAUCAAUUGAAUUACUGGACAGGCAAGAGGUGCUAAAAGGUGAGAAAGAAGCUUCAAAGAAAAUUUAUGAUCAGGAACAGGAGAAAAUCAGGGAGACUGUGGCAUUUGGACGUAGAUCUGAGGGGCCACCCAACCUGUUUUACCCGGGUAAAGAGCAACAACUCACAAAAUUUGAGUUGCAGUUGCCAAGGAGAUAUAUAAAGCCAAACAAGAAUACAAGAGAUCUUGGAAACAGCUUCUUGAGAGACAGUCCACUAUAUGCAAGUGAAGAGGACGCUAGCAAUGCACGUAGAUUGAAGAAAUCUGUCACCCUCUAUACAACAUUUGAUUGGUCCAAAAUACCUAGAAUAGAAGAACGACGACAGGCAGAUACCGUGUUUGACUCGCCAGAAAUUAUUACUCAUGUUUACAGAUAAAAUGGCAUUUAUGUUAUGCAUUUUUGUUAAGAAUUGUUAUAUAUUCACAGAGGUAUCAGUGUAAAAAUGUAUGUUUUGAUUGAAUAAUUUAACAUGUUAGCGUUGUUAAAAAUAUUUAGACUGGCUCCAGUUUUUUCAUGCUUUAUGCAGUAUAACAAAAAUGGUAAAAAUAUAACCAGUAAUCUCUACGCUACCAACUGUUGCUAUUAAACUGGUGAAAGAUAACCACAGCACAAUAUUAGAAGUAGUGUAAUAGCUAUAGAAAUAUGCUGUUGGUUCAGUCAGAAAAGUAAAAACGCGAAUAACUGCAAAGAAAUAACAUGUUUGUCUCCUAUAGGAGAUCACCACAUCUUGGCAACUCUGUUUUGUAACAUUCAACCAAUCAAUCCUGAAAAAUGUUAUUCAGUCAUUACAGUCCGAAAAGAAUAAUGUUUUCUCUAGGGUAGAUAAUAUGUGCUCUGACAUUAAACUUUUUAGACUUUUGAAGAUUGUCGUGCAAAGCCAAUUUUGGGUUGUCAUGUGUCAAGGCUUUCCCGGUGACUUGCACAUGGUCAGCUGUUCUACCCUGGUGCCUGCCUAUGCCAGAAAUAUUGUUGGGAGGGGCACCUGGGGUCUUCUUCUCUGUUAAAUUUUGGAAAGUCACAAUAUUACCUAAUUUGUGAGAGUGCAACAUAAAACUUGACAAGACAGAAUUAACUAGGUUUACAACAUGAGAUAUUUUAAGCAAAUCUGAUUGACUACUGGUGUAUGAUUACCACAGUCUGAAAGCCUUUCUAAGUUGUUCUGUUGUUUUCCCAACUUUAUUCAAAAUUUAAUGUUACUGAAAAAUAAAGACAGUACAUAGAUGUAUAUUAUAUAUAGAAAGAAAGCAUUUUUGAAAAAGUAUUUAAUUCUGUCUGGUGCCUUAGAUAUUGAUAUGACAUUUUGUAUUUUACCAUGGUUUAAAUGUUUGGCUUUUUGUCUAAACUGUUAUUGUAUAACACAGAAGGUGUUAAAUAUCUGUAAUGUGUUGGUGAGAGUAAAGAGAUGUGUCUAAUCAUGAGAAAGAGGGAAAAUCGAAUUUUGACGAAAAAACUACAAAUUUCCUAUCAUUUUUCUCAGGUCUGUAUGGUUUCUCAUAACUAAAUUCCACUGGAUUUUUUUUUUUGUCUAAGAAAAAAAUAUUAUUUUGUUUUAUGAGAGCAUCGCUACAUCCAUAAUUCUUUGUCUAGUGGUUGUAUCAGAAAUAAGUAUGAUUGUAAAAGCUAGUUUGCUUACACUUUACCAAAUUUCCAGCAGUGAUUGUCUCCCCUAGUGCUUCAAAAAUACCAUGUGACCUUAAAAAUCACAUGGCCAUUGAAAAGAUAUUUAAAUAUUAUUUAUUUAUUUUUGAUUUUAUCAUUUUUUCACCCAUUUUAGCAUUAAAUUUCUUAAAUAAUUUCAGUAACUAAAAUCUAACUAAAAGAUUUAUCAAAAUCUUGAUGAAAAUGUGUUAGUGAUGGCAGACGUCUAUUUGCUGUAAGGGGAGACAACUAUGUAGGAAUCUGAAACUAUACAUGUUGUACAUUGUUUUCUAUAGGUGCAGGAUUUCUUCUUUUCUUCACAAUGUGUACCAUAAUUACAUUUUACAUAAUUAAUUAGCAUUAUUAUAAAAAAGUAUUGGAUAUACAUUUUUUCGUGGGAGUUUGAUAAAAUAAGUAUUUUAAACAAACAGUAUUUGACUGAUAUUUUUGUCUUCUAAUGAAAGUAUUAUGUAUCAGAAAUUUAAUCUUUAGUGCUAUGAUCAGUUAAGUAUUAGUGCUUACAAGGUUAAAUAUUUUGUUUUAGGUAGUAUGCAUUUUUAAUGCCCCCAAAGGGAGGCAUAUUAGUUUUCAACUGUCCAUCUGUUCGUUCGUUCGUCACAACGUUAACUUUUUGCAUGAAGGCACUUUACUCACGAACCACUGCACCCAGGACCUUCAAACUUCACAUGCUGAUAGUACUUAUUGAGUACACGACCCCUGCUGACGUUUGGGUCACCAGGUCAAAGGUCAAGGUGCUGCAGGGGCAUUUGUCACCAUUAGUGACAGCUCUUGUUUUAAAUAAGCUUUGUACGAUUGAUAACAAUGUUUCUUUUAAAAUAUGUUUGAGAAUAGUUGGCUCCAUAAUGUCUCUUCUACUAAAAGAUUUUUUUUUCAUUCUUUCUUGGAUCAUUUCAGUCAGCUUUUAAAAACCUUCAUUUUGCUUUAGGUAGAUCAUAUUUUUGUGAGAUACAAUAGAAACAAUGUGCCAUUGGUUUUAGGUGAUCUGCCUUUUGCUUAAAAUGAGUUUUCUUUGGUUCCUUCUUUUUUUUAAAUAUAUAAAAAUUCUAUUCAUUGACAAGUAUGUCAUUCUAAAGAACUUCAGGAGUGGUAACAGGAGUUUCAGAUAUCUUGUAUUUUUGGAAAAGCAGCAUUAUACCUUAAAUUUUUUAGGAUUUUGAUUUAUUCAUGGGCUGGGUGUAGAGAAAAAAAAUUCCUUUUCAUAUUGAAUUUAUGUGUGUUUUCUAUUUAAGAAUUGUUUUAUUUAGUGACACCAGUUUUUAUUAUAAUGCAUUAAACAAGCAAAAAUUUCUUAAUAUGCAUUGUAUGUUAUAGAAUAAUGUGGUGAGAGCUUUUAAUGGUUUCGAUAUGAUUUUAUACUUACUGUAUGCAGCAGAUUUUACUUUUUUCAGAAUACAGAUCCAUUUAUUAAUAAGUUGCUAACAACCACUGACAAAAAAUAGCUUUUUGAUGAAUGUUUUCAUUUUUUUUACCAUUUAUCAAACAUAAAAUAUUGAACUGAGUCCUGUUUAUUCAGGUUGUCAUCUCUUUGGUUUUAACUAACCAUAUGAGUUGUGCCUGUCCUUUGAAUAUAUACUUGUUACAGUUCAUUGAUAAGAUAUUAUAGUAUUAUAAUUGGUCUGUGAUAGAUUCUUACCUUUUCAUUAUUACAAUAAAUUACUUGUUUCUUUUUGCAAACUCUUAA